UGAACCCAAAGAAGAAGAAGAAAAAGCGGAAGAGACGAAUGUAAACAGAAAUAUCAUUUCAGCUGCAAAUAAAAAAUAGUUUUGAUGUUCUUCUCGGAAAAUUUAAGUUGUAUACAUAAUUAGAUAUAAUUAAGUAAUAUAAAUGAGAUAUCUGUCAAUUGGAUGGUCUCCGUUUUGUACUGAGUGCAGUUUCAAUCUAACUGGAUCCUUUGGAGAACAAAAUUGUCUUCACCUUUAGGAGGGACAAUAAGCAAACAGUGAGUAAAGUUUUAAAGAUCCAUCCAUGGCUUCAUCAGAUGUCAGCAUCCCAGAGAUGAGUGAAGUGGUCAUUGUCACCAUUCCAGAACCUUUGUCCAACGAACUUCCCUCUGUGGUCGAGGAGGAUAAAGCCGUGUUGGUGACUACAGAGCUGACUCCUCAGACUGGGGAGGAUGUCCUCACAGUAGCACCAGGGGAAGCAGAAACUGAAGCCACAGCUGAUUCUCUGUCUAAGGAAGAGGCAGUUAUUGUGAAACUUUCUGAGGAGGUGGACGUGGAGGCUGAUGUCUUCUACCCAAUCACCUGUGGAGAUGCCAAAGCCACACUGGUGUGGAAGAAAUUUGUCUGUCCGGGGAUCAAUGUGAAGUGUGUCCAGUUCAAUGAUCAGCUCAUCAGUCCCAAAGAGUUUGUGUGUUUAGCAGGGAAAUCCACCUUAAAAGACUGGAAGAGAGCUAUCCGCCUCAAUGGCACCAUGCUCAGGAAGAUCAUGGACUCAGGUGAGCUGGACUUCUAUCAGCAUACAAAGGUCUGCUCUAACACCUGCCGGAGCACCAAGAUUGAUCUAGUGGGAACUAAAGUGUCAGUCAACUGCAACCAGUCAGCCGACCUGCUGUCCUCCACUGCCUCGUCAGCAGAUUUAAACGGAGCAGCUGUUUCAAUUCCAGACGCGACAGAGGAACCUUCAGAGUGGGUCACAACAAUUAGAGAGGACGCUGUGGUGUUCUGGCGAUCGGUGAAGGAGGCUGGGCUCUUACAGGAGGUGGUACAGGACUUUCAGAAAGAGGUACAAGAGGUGUUGAAGCGGCUUCAGGAGAGAGUAUGUGAUCCGCCAGUGGAAGUCAAAGAUGCUGUUCUGCUUAACAACAUAGUGCAGAACUUUGGCAUGCUGGACUUGGUGAAGAAGGUUCUGGCCAGUCACAAAAGCCAGAUGGACCAAUACAGAGAGCAGUACACUCGCAGCCUUGCCGCUCUGGAGCAGCAGUGUGAUGAGCACAGAAAGCGAGCCAAAGAGCUGAAGAGUAAAUCUCAGCACCUCAACAACGUCCUGAUGAACCUGACCCCCGUACCAUCUCCACCGGCUCCCAAGCGACCCCGACUGACCCGUGCCAUCUCUGGCCCGGCUGCGGUAAAUGCCUCGUCUGCUCAGAUUGCACUCCCCCUCAGCCAGCUGGGGAAGGCACUGACAGUAGCAGGAGCACAGACAGGCAACAACCUUAGCAGCUAUACCCUCAUGACUUCACCAGUCUCUGGGUCUGAGCUUGGAGCCGAUGGCUCCAACGUUACAGUGUUGUCCACAGCAGCAGGUCAGGGGGCAAUGGCUGGGUCCAGCACCUCUGGAACCUUUGUUAAGGUGGUGAGGCCACAGUUCCAGCUGGUGACCCUGCCACUGGCUUCUAUGCAGAACCCCACGGUACCACAGCAGGUCAGCAACGUCACUGUGGUGAAUGCCACAGUAACCCCUGCUGAUGAGUCACAGGAGCAAAACCAGGCUUAUGAAGAUGAUGAAGGUCAACCACAGCAGGUCGCUGAGGAUGAAGAGGAGCGGCAAUGAAAGGAAGGACAGCUACUUUCCUCCAUGUUUUAGUUUGGACUGGAACUAGUUUCAGUAAGUUGUGAUAACUGUAAUAACAGAACUUGAACUUUUGCUCAUCUGUUUUUCUUCCAGAAAGGAACAUGUUUCUGUAUCAGCUGUGCAGAGUGGGCUGCUCAUGUCUUACUGUGUUGUAGAUCUGUUUUUAACUGCUAUGUUUGACAAUGUUGGUCUGUGUUGUUUUUUUUUAUGCUAUUUCCGAAAGUGUGGGAAUGCUCUUUUAUUUGAGAUUAAAUGCUCUGGAAGUGAA